AUGGCCCUGCGCUACCCUAUGACCGUGGGCCCCAACAAGGGCCACAGGCACACCAAGUUCGUGCGGGACAUGAUCCUGGAAGUGUGCAGCUUCGAGCCCUACGAGCGGCGCACCACGCUCAAAUUGUCCAAGGACAAGCGUGCACUCAAGUUCAUCAAGAACAUAAUAGGCACGCACAUGUGCGCCAAGAGAAAGCAGGAAGAGCUGAGCAAUGUGCUGGCAGCCAUGAGGAAGGCGGCAGCCAAGGAUUAA